GAGGAAGGGUUUAAGUGUGUUUUUUCAGAAAAUAUUAGGGUUAUUGUUCAUCUCAUAUUUGCUCCAUAAAGCUCAUAGUAAUCAUAGGCGUCAAAAGGAAUCGCAGGUAUUUGAUUUUACAUACGACGCAUUUUGGCAGAAAACACUGCUUGGUAUCGACAGAAGAACGCGAAUUUAUCUACUCCAGUGUCCAUCUCCAGCCGCGAGCUAAACCGUCGUCACUGCUAUGUUUUCUACAUUCUAAUGGCGGCGAUAACCGUUAGACGUAAUGUGUUUCUGUUGCCUAUUAAACCACUUUUCUCGUUACAGGGGUUGUUCCAUAAAUUCGUCGAACUUGAUGAUUCUAAACCUCGACUACUUAGGGAAGAUGAUUAUUUGAUCUUCAAACCAGGUGAAAUCAACGUUUCAAAAUGGAAAAAGUUGGAUUCAAGGUCCUUGGGGAUAACUCGAACAAUACCCCCAUCCCCUUUUGCUGUCCUGCAGAUUCUUCGUACCAGAGGGUUUGAAGCCUACUUAGUUGGAGGAUGUGUGAGAGAUUUGCUUCUCAACAGGACACCAAAAGAUUUCGAUGUCAUCACUACUGCUCAUCUGGAACAGAUUAGUAAGCAGUUUCAUAAUUGUGAAGUUGUGGGGAAACGGUUUCCUGUAUGUAGGGUGUAUAUAAAAGGCUCCAUUGUUGAGGUUUCUAGUUUUGAUACUCUGGCCAAAGAGACAGAAGGAAAAGAAAAGUUUCUCAUCUCCCAAAUGCCUAGAGGCUGUGAUAAACUGGAUCUUCUUCGUUGGAAGAACUCAAUGCAUCGAGACUUUACCAUUAACAGCUUGUUCUUUGACCCUUUUAUUCACACAAUCUAUGAUUACAAUGAUGGAAUGAAGGAUCUAUUGGAACUAAAGCUACGGACAUUAGUACCUGCCCAACUGUCAUUCACAGAGGACUCUGCAAGAAUACUUCGAGGUGUAAGAAUUGCUGCUCGUUUGGGAUUAUCAUUGUCAAAGGAAAUCAAGAGUGCAAUUUUUAAACAAACAUCAUCUAUUACAAGAUUAGGGCAGUCCAGGACAAUGAUGGAAAUAAAUUAUAUGCUAUCAUUUGGGGCUGCUGAAUCUUCAUUCUCCUUGCUUCAUAAAUACCAUCUUCUUGAGAUUUUGCUACCAUUUCAGGCAGCAUACAUUUCUCAACAAGCAACUAGGUUUGACCAAAGUUCCAUGAUGUUAAUGAAACUGUUGUCUCAUUUGGAUAAGUUGGUUUCUUGUGAUCGGCCUUCUGGAAGUCCCUUAUGGAUUGGAAUUUUAGCAUUCCACCUGGCACUAGUAAACAACCCCCAACACCCUUUUGUUAUCUUGACUUUUGCAUCUGUUCUCUAUCACCAAAGCUGGAAAGAUGGUCUUAAGUUUGCAAGGAAAUGUGGUCAACCACCGGUCAACUUUGAUCCAGAAUCUUUAGACACAUAUGAUGAGUUCAUUUCUGAUGAUGAAAUUGCCACAAAAGUAAACCAAUUAGCAAUUAUGGUUGUAGAUUCUGUUGAUGUUUUGAUGGAAACAAAUUGCCUAAACCAUGCAAUGGAAAAUUUCCCUGGUUCUCCUUCUCCUUCUCCAUGCUCUGGUUUUGUAUUUAUAUCCAAGAACAUGGGUUAUAGUGCUCAACAACUUUUUCAUGUUCUUUCCCAUAAAGUGGAAGCCUACAAUGAGGGAAGAACUUCUUUUGAGAUAAACUUUGAUCUUCUUAAAAAAGGGUAUUCCCUAGAGACCAGGUUUGCUCUUGGGAAGAUCAUUUUGAAUACAUUGGGGUGUGGAAUUGGUCAAACUGAGGUCAACCCUUCUAGUCUGGAAAAUGAACGUUUUGUGAACAAAAAACAUGAUAAAAAACAACCACCACUAUCAUUUAAUUUUAAUUUACAACAAGAAAUGGUCACCAAAAGUCCAAAAAUGAUUACAAAACUUAGCAGUAUUAUGCAAGAUAAAUCCAAAGGAGUAUCUACAAAGCAUAUGAAAGUUGUUGGCAUUUCUUCUGAUCCAAAAAACAAGGAUUUAACGACAAAUAAGAAAGAAAUUGGUACUGAUAAGUCACCCAUGGAAGAACUUAUUUGCAUGGUGAAAAGUUCAAUUGAUAAUGAUGAGUUAGAAUCUCAAAAUCAUGAAGAGAGAAAUAGAAAAGUCAAAGUAAACCAGUCAAACCAAAAUGGAACAAUGUUAGUGGAAAGAAGAGUAGAGAAUGAUGAAACUGGAAUUAGUUCACUUUUAAGUUUUGUGGAUGAACAAGUGGAAAGAAAGAAGGAAAAGAUUGAGAGUUUUCAAGAAAAGAGUAUACAAUUAGAAUCUGCAGCAUCUAGUUUGGUAUCUGAAGUAAACAACAAUAGGGAAUUAGAAUCAUGUAGUAGUUUUGAAGCAUCUUCUAAUGUUACUUCAAGUACAACCGAAAUACAUGUGCAACACCUUGACCUUGAUGAAAAAGUCAACAAGACUAGUCAACAUAAGAAAAUCACAAAGGUGAAGGGAGAAAGAAAGAAGCAAAGGGUUUGUUCUUAUUGUAAGGAAGUAGGCCACAACAAAACCGGAUGUCCUAAAAGAAAGAUUGAGGAGGCGUCUUUGUCUUGUCAGGUUGACACAGAUUCAACAUGAACUAAAUGGAUUAUUCAAGUUUGCUCAAAUCUUUCCACUUGUUGAUUGAUGUCUAUAAGCUAAAUAUUUUAUAAUGGAAAUUUCCAAGAGUUAUUUUCCUUCAAGUUUUGAGGCACAAUUUGUUAGAGUGUUCGACUUUUCAGACUACAAUAUAGAAGAGUAUAUUUACAUGUACAAGAAUUUUGGAUAAAAAUCAUAAUUUCCAAUUUUGGCCAACAUUGCUCGUGAUUUACUAACUGUUCAGGU